GAUGCAGGGGAUCAUAAAUAUUACAUCAACCUAUGAUAGCAGAACACAUGACGUAGAAAGUUCUUUGGUUGCACGGGGAGAUUUAUGGAGGGUAGAGGCAUCACACGGCAGUUCUACAUCUGGAAAUGACAAUUCAUCUCUCUUUCUUGUCCAAGCUGGACCAGUGCUCUUUAUUCGUGAUACAACUCUUCUUUUGCCUGUCCAUUUGUCAAAGCAGCAUUUGCUUUGGUAUGGCUAUGAUAGGAAGAAUGGAAUGCACUCACUUUGUCCAGCUGUGUGGUCAAAGCAUAGAAGGUGGCUGUUAAUGUCAAUGCUCUGUCUCAAUCCCUUAGCUUGUUCGUUUGUAGAUUUACAGUUUCCAAAUGGGAAGUUGACAUAUGUAUCUGGAGAGGGGCUUACUACCUAUUUGUGGAGGCCAUCUACAGGCUCAGGGUCAAUAUCCAGGAGAAAUGAGAUUCAGCUUUUCUUGCAAGGUGAGAUCGCAAAUUCGUAACAAGCUAUGGAAAAAUAAUU